AUGGGAUCGAAAGGGCGGACGACACCCCGCGUCGUGUGCUGCGCCAUACCCAUUGCGCGUGCAGCCGGGAAGGUCCUGGUUAUCACGAGCAGAAAGCGGCCACAUCACUGGGUUUUACCCAAGGGCGGAUGGGAGCAGUCGGAUCUCAAGCUGGAGGACGCAGCGAGUCGGGAAGCCCUCGAAGAAGCUGGCGUCCGCGGCACGAUCACGCGCUUCGUCAUCACCAUCCCCACCGAGAGCACGACGUACCACUUUUACGAGCUGGACGUCACCGCGCUCGACUCCGACUGGCUCGAGUGCAAGGAGCGCAAGCGCGAGUGGGUCGACUACGCCGAGGCGGUCCGGCGGCUCGAAUGGAAAAAGGAGUUGAGCCAGGGCCUGCAGUUGUCCUCGCUCGCGCCGCCCAGGCGGUGA